CACAACAUGGCGCACAAGAAUUAAGUUCAACUCACAACUCUUGAUUAAAAAUUUAUACUAGGCUAUAUAGAUUUUAGAUAUAGAUCUUAAUAUUCAACAAGAUGAAUUUCUAAUUCAUAAAAAUUAAUUUUAUCGCUUUGCAACAAUUUAAAAAUAAAGAGUUACUCUGGUUAUGGCUCUUGCAAAGCUUCCACCACUUUCAGGUGGUAACAGAUUUAAUAGCUUUGAUGGACCAUCAUAUAGACUUAAUGGCAAGGAACAUCCUCUUCCACCACCAAAUGCUUUGAAACCUUAUGUUGACAUAAAAGCUGGCGAGCUGGACACCUGGCCAGCUCAUGCAAGCAGCCAGUCUGUGACAGCAGCAUCUGCUGUCCUGACCAAAAAUAAAAGUUUGGUCCUCGUUAAAGACGAAGACAUGGGGAAGGCUCAGAUUGUGCCCAAGCCAAGAUUUUUGGAGCAGCUGGAAAAUUUCCUUAAAAAGGAACUGCGAGCUUUAGGCGUUGUUGAUGUCCAGCCCAGUGACCUUAGACUUCAGGCACAUAGAGAAGUAUUUGAAUAUUUGAUAGAAGAUUUUAAGACCUACAAGCCUUUGUUGUCUGCAAUAAAAAAUGAAUAUGAGAUGAUGUUAGGAUACCAAAGACAGCAGAUUCGACAACUGGAGCCUCUAAAGCAAAUGCUUGUGACGGUCUCAGAACAGUGUGAGCACAAGAUCAUGGCACUGAGAGAGGAGGAAAGGGAAGAGAUGACCAGUCUGAAGAAGGUCAACAGAGAGCUACACUCGAGGAUCUCCGGCCUGCUCAAUCAACAGGAGGACCUGAAGGAGCAAGUGUCAAGGUUACAGACCAAGCUAGAAGAGGAGUACCACAAGUACAGGGAGGAGUGCGAUGCCAGAAAGCUGCUCGUGGCAGACAUCAACGACCUCAGGUACCAACAGGAAGACUACCUUGCCUCCAAGAACGCCGCCAUCUUGAACCAGGACACGGAGGAGGAUCCUGUGAUUCUAAAAAUAGCCCUACAAAAGUCUCGAGAAGCUGAGAAGUCAGCCACCCAGAGGUUAAAUGAGAUGGUGGCAAACUAUGGUGAUGUCAUACCCAGGAGGGACUUUGAGCAGCUGCAAGGGAAGUUUAAGGAGCUUGAAGACAAAUAUGAAACAUCACUGCAAGAUUUCCGCAAACUCCAGGCUGAACACAAUGCACUCCUGGACAUACAGAAACAAGUGGUACAGAAGAGGGAUGAGUUUUACAUUGAGCUGGAGACUCUCAAGAGAAGUUCCACGCCAAGACCCAACUGGGAGAAAUGUUCCGACUACGUUCAGGGUGGAGCCACUAGAUGGCAGCAGCUGUCUGAGGGCAAGAGAAGCAACGAGCUUGUGGAUGUUCUACUGCAGGAGAUCCAGUCUGGUGGCACAGGGGAUACAGUGGGCACGGAUUACUUUGAUCCGCUGGGUACAGGGCCAGAGGUCCCCAUUUACCUGAGGACGACUGAACCAGUUAGGAACAGGAGGCUCAGCAAGAGGGAUGCCGUCCUGCUCAUCAGGGAUGUCUGGAAGUCUAAAUCUGCUAAGGAUGCUGAGAGAACAGAUGGCAAGAGACAAAACAUGGGAGAGUUUUUCUAUGAGUACCUGAAAGCUCGCUUCCCUAUAGAGCAGCUGGUCAUUGAGUGGGGUUACAACAUGGACGACGCUUGCCUGAGGUACGCUCAUGAUGAUGUCAUUGGUUUGUUUGGGAGGAUCCUCACUGAAAAGGCAGAUGAAGAGAUCUACCACAGUCAGGUGUCCUCCCUGUACGGGCUACAGACCCACAUGCUCAAGUUUGACGUGUCCCAGGGGAAUGUGGGCACGCUGAGUCCAGACGACUUUAAGAAAUGUCUGGCAGAAUUCUUCCAGCUGUCUGGGGACGAGCAGAGCUUGACUGACAUGUUUAAGGCAGCGACAAUUGAGCUGGAGAUUAGUGAUGAAGUUCCUAUAGAGUACAAGAGUUUGUUCAUGGAGGAUGAUGAAGGAAAGACAGGUCCAUUUUUAGAGGAAGUGAAGAAGUUCCAGCAGGCUAGGAAAGAUGAGUAUCUCAAUGAUAUCAAGGAACAGCUGGGGAACACAGACCCCGUGUCGCUAGAUGACUUAAGGCGAGCCAUCUCCAUCACUGACCCUGAGAUAACCAAUGAGAAAGUUCUGGACUACCUGGCCUGGGCAUUUAAUACAACAAAAGAUGGCCUGAAAGAUGUCAACCCACUGGACCAGGCGGCCAUCUUUGAACGCUUACAGAAUGGGAACAUCUUGAGAGUUGGGAAGAAAUAACACUGUAUUUUAAUCAUUUUAUUUUAAAUGUUUUGACUCAAAACAUUUAUUAAUUUUGUUAAAAAAUUUUUUAAAAAAUACCAAAGAAAGUUAUUUCAUAUUUUUUAAGUAUAAAAAUCGGACACUAAAAUGAAUA